AGGAUAUCGCGGCAGGCGCAGAAGGGAGCGUGGCGGCCCCGCCCCCUGGUUCUGGCCCCGCCCCUUACGUGUCCGGUCCCGCCCCUCACGCCGCCGCCGUCCCGCGAGCCCGGGGUUCUGCGCCUUCCGCGCCUGCUUCGGCUGCAGCUGCCCGCGCCCUGAGCCACGUGGACCGAGUCCCGGCGCGCAGCCUCACGUGGUUCCAGCGCCCGCCGGGCUUGCAGCACCGCGCCGCUCUUCCGUGCUCGCCGCCGCCUCUGAGCUCCGUUCCUAUGGCGGCCCUGGUGUUAGAGGACGGGUCGGUUCUGCGGGGCCAGCCCUUUGGGGCCUCUGUGUCGACUGCCGGAGAAGUGGUGUUUCAAACCGGCUUGGUUGGCUACCCCGAGGCCCUCACUGACCCUUCCUACAAAGCACAGAUCUUAGUGCUGACAUAUCCUCUGAUUGGCAAUUACGGCAUCCCCCCAGAUGAAGCGGAUACGUUCGGUCUCAGCAAGUGGUUCGAGUCCUCGGGAAUCCAUGUGGCAGGACUGGUGGUGGGAGAGUGCUGUCCCACGCCCAGCCACUGGAGUGCUACCCGCACCCUGCACGAGUGGCUGAAGGAACAUGGCAUACCUGGCCUGCAAGGCGUGGACACUCGGGAGCUGACUAAGAAGUUGCGGGAGCAAGGGUCUCUGCUGGGGAAGCUGGUCCAGAAUGGGACAGAGCCUUCAGCCCUGCCAUUCUUGGAUCCCAAUGCCCGCCCCCUGGUGCCGGAGGUCUCCAUUAAGGCUUCACGGGUAUUCAAUGCAGGGGGCACCCCUCGGAUCCUCGCGUUGGACUGUGGCCUCAAGUAUAAUCAGAUCCGAUGCCUUUGCCAGCGGGGGGCUGAGGUCACCGUGGUACCCUGGGACCACACGCUGGACAGCCAGGAAUAUGAGGGUCUCUUCCUAAGUAAUGGCCCUGGUGACCCUGCCUCCUGUCCCACCGUGGUAUCCACCCUGAGCAAAGUCUUAUCUGAGCCUAACCCCCGACCUGUCUUCGGGAUCUGCCUAGGGCACCAGCUGAUGGCCUUAGCCAUUGGGGCCAAGACUUACAAGAUGAGAUAUGGGAACCGAGGUCAUAACCAGCCGUGCUUGCUGGCGGGCUCUGGACGCUGCUUUCUGACAUCCCAGAACCACGGGUUUGCUGUAGAAACAGACUCCCUGCCAGCAGGCUGGGCCCCUCUCUUCACCAACGCCAAUGAUCACUCCAACGAAGGCAUUGUACACGACAGCCUGCCCUUCUUCAGUGUUCAGUUCCACCCAGAGCACCAAGCGGGUCCUUCAGAUAUGGAGCUGCUUUUUGACAUCUUUCUGGAAACUGUGAAAGAGGCCGCAGCUGGGAACCCUAGGGGCCAGACAGUUCGAGAGCGGCUGAUCGAGCGCCUCUGUCCCCCUGCGGUUCCCACGCCAGGCUCUGGGCUUCCCCCACCCCGAAAGGUUCUGAUCCUGGGCUCAGGUGGCCUCUCCAUUGGCCAGGCUGGAGAGUUUGACUACUCGGGCUCUCAGGCGAUCAAGGCCCUGAAGGAAGAAAACAUCCAGACACUGCUGAUCAAUCCCAAUAUUGCCACAGUACAGACUUCCCAGGGGCUGGCUGACAAGGUGUAUUUCCUGCCCAUAACACCUCACUACGUAACUCAGGUGAUCCGUAAUGAACGUCCAGAUGGUGUGUUGCUGACUUUUGGGGGCCAGACAGCCCUGAACUGUGGUGUGGAGCUGACCAAGGCUGGGGUGCUGGCACGGUAUGGGGUUCGGGUCCUGGGCACACCUGUGGAAACCAUCGAGCUGACCGAAGAUCGGCGGGCCUUUGCCGCCAGGAUGGCAGAGAUCGGGGAGCAUGUGGCCCCCAGCGAGGCAGCAAAUUCUCUUGAACAGGCCCAGGCAGCAGCCGAGCGGCUGGGGUACCCUGUGCUGGUGCGUGCAGCCUUUGCCCUGGGUGGCCUGGGCUCUGGCUUUGCCUCCAGCAAAGAGGAACUCUCUGCUCUCGUGGCCCCAGCUUUUGCCCACACCAGCCAAGUGCUGGUGGACAAGUCGCUGAAGGGAUGGAAGGAGAUUGAGUAUGAAGUGGUCAGAGAUGCCUACGGCAACUGUGUCACAGUGUGCAACAUGGAGAACUUAGACCCACUGGGCAUCCACACUGGUGAGUCCAUAGUGGUGGCCCCGAGCCAGACGCUGAAUGACAAGGAGUACCAGCUACUGCGGCAGACAGCCAUCAAGGUGACCCAGCACCUGGGAAUCAUUGGGGAGUGCAACGUGCAGUAUGCUUUGAACCCUGAGUGUGAACAGUAUUACAUCAUCGAAGUGAAUGCCAGGCUCUCGCGUAGCUCUGCCCUGGCCAGUAAGGCCACAGGCUACCCUCUGGCUUAUGUGGCAGCCAAGCUUGCUUUGGGCAUCCCCUUGCCUGAGCUCAGGAACUCUGUGACUGGGGGCACAGCAGCCUUUGAGCCUAGCCUGGAUUACUGUGUGGUCAAGAUCCCUCGAUGGGACCUCAGCAAGUUCCUGCGUGUCAGCACCAAGAUUGGGAGCUGCAUGAAGAGCGUUGGUGAAGUCAUGGGCAUCGGGCGUUCCUUCGAGGAGGCCUUCCAGAAGGCGCUGCGCAUGGUGGACGAGAACUGCCUGGGCUUUGACCACACUGUGAAACCGGUCAGCGAUAUGGAGCUGGAGACACCGACAGACAAGCGGAUCUUCGUGGUGGCAGCGGCGCUGUGGGCUGGGUACUCGGUGGAGCGCCUGUAUGCCCUCACGCGCAUUGACCGCUGGUUCCUGCACUGCAUGAGGCGCAUCGUGGCUCACGCCCGGCUGCUGGAGCAGCACCGUGGCCAGCCGCUGCCCCCGGACCUGCUGCGCCAGGCCAAGCGCCUCGGCUUCUCAGACAAGCAGAUUGCCCUCGCGGUUCAAAGCACCGAGCUGGCUAUUCGCAAGCUGCGCCAGGAGCUGGGGAUCUGCCCAGCGGUGAAACAGAUUGACACCGUAGCGGCCGAGUGGCCAGCCCAGACGAAUUACCUGUACCUGACCUACUGGGGCACCACUCACGACCUGACCUUUCGAACACCCCACGUGCUGGUCCUUGGCUCUGGGGUCUACCGCAUUGGCUCCAGCGUCGAGUUUGACUGGUGUGCUGUGGGCUGCAUCCAGCAGCUCCGCAAGAUGGGCUAUAAGACUAUCAUGGUGAACUACAACCCAGAGACAGUCAGCACCGACUACGACAUGUGUGACCGGCUCUACUUUGACGAGAUCUCAUUUGAGGUGGUGAUGGACAUCUAUGAGCUGGAGAGCCCUGAGGGCGUGAUCCUGUCCAUGGGUGGGCAGCUGCCCAACAACAUGGCCAUGGCAUUGCAUCGGCAGCAGUGCCGGGUGCUCGGCACCUCCCCUGAAGCCAUUGACUCCGCCGAGAACCGUUUCAAGUUCUCCCGACUUCUUGACACGAUCGGUAUCAGCCAGCCUCAGUGGAGGGAGCUCAGUGACCUAGAGUCUGCUCGCCAGUUCUGCCAGGCUGUGGGGUACCCCUGUGUGGUGCGCCCCUCCUAUGUGCUGAGCGGCGCGGCCAUGAACGUGGCCUACACAGAUGGGGACCUGGAGCGCUUCCUGAGCAGUGCAGCCGCCGUCUCCAAGGAGCACCCUGUGGUCAUCUCCAAGUUCAUCCAGGAGGCCAAGGAGAUUGAUGUGGACGCUGUGGCCUGUGACGGCGUGGUAGCCGCUAUCGCCAUAUCUGAGCACGUGGAGAAUGCAGGUGUGCACUCGGGUGAUGCCACGCUUGUGACCCCCCCGCAAGACAUCACCCCCAAAACCCUGGAGCGGAUUAAAGCCAUCGUGCACGCCGUGGGCCAGGAGCUGCAGGUCACAGGACCCUUCAACCUGCAGCUCAUCGCCAAGGACGACCAGCUGAAAGUGAUUGAGUGCAACGUGCGUGUCUCUCGCUCCUUCCCCUUCGUCUCCAAGACCCUGGGCGUGGACCUAGUGGCCUUGGCCACACGGGUCAUCAUGAGGGAGGAGGUGGAACCUGUGGGGCUCAUGGCUGGCACCGGCAUUGUGGGGGUGAAGGUGCCCCAGUUCUCGUUCUCACGCUUGGCGGGCGCUGACGUGGUGCUGGGUGUGGAAAUGACCAGCACUGGGGAGGUGGCCGGCUUCGGGGAGAGCCGUUGCGAGGCCUACCUCAAGGCCAUGCUCAGCACCGGCUUCAAGAUCCCCAAGAAGAACAUCCUACUCACCAUCGGCAGCUACAAGAACAAAAGUGAGCUGCUCCCGACCGUGCGGUUGCUGGAGAGCCUGGGCUACAGCCUCUACGCCAGUCUAGGCACAGCUGACUUCUACACCGAGCAUGGCGUCAAGGUAACAGCCGUGGACUGGCACUUCGAGGAGGCAGUGGACGGGGAGUGCCCGCCUCAGCGGAGCAUCUUGGAGCAGCUGGCUGAGAAUCACUUUGAGCUAGUGAUUAACCUGUCGAUGCGGGGGGCAGGGGGCCGGCGCCUCUCUUCCUUCGUCACCAAGGGCUACCGCACCCGGCGCUUGGCCGCUGACUUCUCUGUGCCUCUCAUCAUCGAUAUCAAGUGCACCAAACUCUUUGUGGAGGCCCUGGGCCAGAUUGGACCAGCCCCUCCUUUGAAGGCACAUGUUGACUGCAUGGCCUCCCAGAAGCUUGUGCGACUGCCUGGACUGAUCGAUGUCCACGUGCACCUGCGGGAGCCGGGCGGGACGCACAAGGAGGACUUCACCUCGGGCACGGCUGCUGCCCUGGCUGGGGGUGUCACCAUGGUGUGUGCCAUGCCUAACACCCGGCCCCCCAUCAUCGAUGCCCCUGCCCUGGCCCUGGCCCAGAAGCUGGCAGAGGCAGGUGCCCGCUGUGACUUUGCCUUAUUCCUCGGGGCCUCAGCUGAAAAUGCGGGGACCCUCGGGGCUGUGGCCGGGUCUGCUGCAGGGCUGAAGCUCUACCUCAACGAGACCUUCUCGGAGCUGCGGCUGGACAGCAUGGCCCAGUGGAUGGAGCACUUCGAGACUUGGCCAUCCCACCUUCCCAUUGUGGCCCACGCCGAGCGGCAGAAUGUGGCCGCCAUCCUCAUGGUGGCUCAGCUGACCCAGCGCUCAGUGCACAUAUGUCACGUGGCACGGAAGGAAGAGAUCUUGCUGAUUAAAGCCGCAAAGGCCCAGGGGCUGCCGGUGACCUGCGAGGUGGCCCCUCACCAUCUCUUCCUGAGCUGCGAGGACCUGGCGCGCCUGGGACCCGGGAAGGGGGAGGUCCGGCCUGCGCUUGGCUCCCAGCAGGACGUGGAGGCCUUGUGGGAGAACAUGGCUGUCAUCGACUGCUUUGCCUCUGACCACGCCCCCCACACCUUGGAGGAGAAGUCUGGGCCCCAGCCUCCCCCUGGCUUCCCCGGGCUGGAGACCAUGCUGCCUCUGCUGCUGACAGCCGUCAGCGAGGGCCGGCUCAGUUUGGACGACCUGCUGCAGCGACUGCACCACAACCCUCGGCGCAUCUUCCACCUGCCCCCCCAGGAGGACACCUAUGUGGAGGUGGACCUGGAGCAUGAGUGGACAAUCCCCAGCCACAUGCCCUUCUCCAAGGCUCACUGGACACCCUUCGAAGGGCAGAAGGUGAAGGGCACCAUCCGCCGCGUGGUCCUGCGAGGGGAGGUGGCCUAUAUCGACGGGCAGGUGCUGGUGCCUCCGGGCUACGGACAAGAUGUGCGCAAGUGGCCUCAGGGGGCUGUUCCCCAGCUCCCGCCCCCCACCCCCUCCACCAGUGAGAUAACCACGACCCCCGAAAGGCCCCGCCGGGGCAUCCCAGGGCUUCCCGAUGGCCGCUUCCACCUGCCGCCCCGGAUCCACCGAGCCUCGGACCCAGGUUUACCAGCUGUGUUCCUCCACCUCGGAGCUGGGAUCUCACAGGGCAUCAGAGCAUGGGCUGAGGAGCCAAAGGAGAAGUCCCGGAAGGCAGCUGAGCCGGAGCUGAUGGGAGCCCCUGACGGCAGCUGCUACCCUCCACCACCAGUGCCCAGACAGGCGUCACCCCAGAACCUGGGGGCCCCAGGCCUGCUGCACCCCCAGACCUCACCCCUGCUGCACUCAUUAGUGGGCCAACAUAUCCUGUCCGUCCAGCAGUUCACCAAGGACCAGAUGUCUCACCUCUUUAAUGUGGCACACACACUGCGCAUGAUGGUCCAGAAGGAGCGCAGCCUGGACAUCCUCAAGGGGAAAGUGAUGGCCUCCAUGUUCUAUGAGGUGAGCACGCGGACCAGCAGCUCCUUUGCAGCAGCCAUGGCCCGCCUCGGAGGCGCUGUGCUCAGCUUCUCAGAAGCCACCUCCUCCGUCCAGAAGGGCGAGUCCCUGACUGACUCGGUCCAGACUAUGAGCUGCUACGCCGACGUCGUGGUGCUGCGGCACCCCCAGCCCGGGGCGGUGGAGCUGGCGGCCAAGCACUGCCGGAGGCCAGUGAUCAACGCUGGGGAUGGGGUUGGGGAGCACCCCACCCAGGCCCUGCUGGACAUCUUCACCAUCCGGGAGGAGCUUGGGACUGUCAAUGGCAUGACGAUCACGAUGGUGGGCGACCUGAAGCAUGGGCGCACAGUGCACUCCCUGGCCUGCCUGCUCACCCAGUAUCGCGUCAGCCUGCGCUACGUGGCCCCCCCCAGCCUGCGCAUGCCCCCCAGCGUGUGGGCCUUCGUGGCCUCCCGUGGCACCAUGCAGGAGGAAUUUGAGAGCAUUGAGGAGGCAUUGCCUGACACCGACGUGCUCUACAUGACACGGAUCCAGAAGGAGCGCUUUGGCUCUACCGAGGAGUACGAAGCUUGCUUUGGUCAGUUCAUCCUCACUCCCCACAUCAUGACCCGGGCCAAGAAGAAGAUGGUGGUGAUGCACCCACUGCCCCGGGUCAACGAGAUAAGUGUGGAGGUGGACUCAGACCCCCGUGCAGCCUACUUCCGUCAGGCCGAGAACGGCAUGUACAUACGCAUGGCUCUGUUAGCCACCGUGCUGGGCCGCUUCUAAGGCCCAGCUUCCUCGGGCCCAGCGGCUGGGCAGGCAAUCCUGGUGCCCCCCAGGGGGGCAGCACAUCUAGUGGUUACUCCAGGACCUCCAGAUGGUUCACAGGCACACACACAUACUCCUGAGCAUAGCUUUCAGGCACUGGCCUGGAGCGCUCCAGCAGGGAGUGGGCCCUGGCUGCCCUGCCUUACUGGUCACACCUCCAGUCUGUACAGUCGCUUUUCUACAGGCAUAAUAAACGGCUGAGCUGCCUGUGUAUAGUGCCUGCUGCCUUGGGUACCACGCACAGGAGGCUAAGUGUAUUAAGCCAGA